GCCGGGCUCGGCCUCGCCUCGGCUGUCGAGCGUGCCACCGCCGCCUUCGUGGCAGCUCGCGCGGAGGCCUGGCCGAUGGCUCGAAACCUGUUAGAGGGGCUCGCCGAGGGCGCCCUGUCCCUCGUCCUUGAGGAGGCGCGGCUCGAGGCGCUCAACGCGGCUCUCCGCGCCGCCGGCGAUUGGCCCGGGGUCCGCCGCAUUGCCGAGCUGAGGCGCCCGUCCACAGAUCACUCGUGGAUCCGUGGCCUCCAUGCCGCGCGCGGACCGGUCCUCAGCGCCGCCGAGUACGUCGACUCCUUGGCCCUUCGCCUUGGGGUGCCCCUGGUCCCCGAGGGUGCGGAGUGCUCCCUGCGCGGCGAAAUCGUGGAUCGAUGUGGCGUGCGCCCGCAAACGCGCGCCCCGGGCGCUGCCACCUGGGGCCACUACCGCGCGCGCCACCGCGCUCACUUGCUGGUUGCUCUAGGCUACACGGAGGCGGCCCCAGAGCCUCUCGGCCUCGCGGCAUUGGGA